UUGGCCCGGGUCGUCCCGCGAGAGGUGGGUUCCAGCGGAAGAUGGCGGCGGAGGGAGGAGGAGCUGCCUCGGCGCCCGAAGAAACGGGCGAAGGCGAGGCGACUCCACCGGGGGCCGCGGAAGAGAUGGCCGUGGAAGCCUCGGGGGCUCCCGAACAGGGGGCCGGGGACUCGGAAACUGGGGGGGAUGCAUCGUUGGCCGAUGUCACAGCUACGAUGGAGACAGAAUCAUCCAGCGGCAAGGAUGUGUUGGAGGGUGUUGGGGAUAGUUCGGAAGCGAUGGAUAAUCAGACUGGGUCAGUUGAUGAGGAGAAUGGCCGACAGCUAGGGGAAAUUGAGCUGCAGUGUGGGAUUUGCAACAAGUGGUUCACAGCAGAAACGUUUGGCAUUGAUACCACAUCUUGUCUUCCUUUUAUGACCAACUACAGCUUCCAUUGCAACAUUUGCCACCAUAGUGGGAACACAUACUUCUUAAGGAAACAAGCAAAUCUGAAGGAAAUGUGUCUUAGCGCUCUGGCGAACUUAACUUGGCAGUCAAGAUCACAAGAUGAACACCCUAAGACAAUGUUCUCAAAAGAUAAGGACAUUAUACCCUUUAUUGAUAAGUACUGGGAGUAUAUGACGACAAGGCAAAGACCUGGAAAAAUGACUUGGCCGAAUAAUAUUGUUAAAACAAUGUGUAAAGAAAGAGAUGUGUUUUUGGUGAAAGAACAUCCGGACCCAGGAAGCAAAGAUCCAGAGGAAGAUUACCCUAAAUUUGGGCUCUUAGACCAGGACCUUUCUAGUAUUGGCCCUGCAUAUGAUAACCAGAAACAAAGCAGUACUGUAUCUACUAGUGGAAGUCUAAAUGAACUACAUGGUCCAACUUCUAUUCUUACAGGUGGAGCCUCUUUGGGAGGGGGUAUCGUAGCAGGAAGCAGCGGGAAAGGAAGAGGAGCAAAACGCAAGCAGCAGGAUGGCGGGACUACAGGAACAGCCAAGAAAACCAGGAGGUAUGCAGAACUGAGUGACCCUCUGUUCUCUGCUCAGCGUCUUCCACCACAUGGCUAUCCACUGGAACACCCUUUUAACAAAGACGGUUACCGUUACAUUUUAGCUGAGCCUGACCCUCAUGCACCUGAUCCAGAGAAGCUGGAGCUUGACUGUUGGGCAGGCAAACCCAUUCCUGGAGAUCUCUACCGAGCCUGUCUGUACGAACGGGUCCUUCUUGCCCUACAUGACAGAGCUCCUCAGUUGAAGAUCUCAGAUGACAGGCUGACAGUCAUAGGAGAAAAAGGCUACUCCAUGGUACGAGCUUCACAUGGAGUGCGGAAGGGUGCUUGGUAUUUUGAGAUAUCUGUGGAUGAGAUGCCUCCGGAAACAGCUGCCAGACUUGGCUGGUCUCAGCCACUAGGGAACCUUCAGGCUCCCCUAGGCUAUGACAAAUUCAGUUAUUCCUGGCGCAGCAAAAAAGGCACAAAGUUCCACCAGUCCAUCGGUAAACAUUAUUCAUCCAGCUAUGGACAAGGAGAUGUGCUCGGUUUUUAUAUCAGCCUUCCAGAUGACACUGAAACUGCCAAAUCCCUGCCAGAUACUUACAAAGACAAGGCUUUGAUUAAGUUCAAAAGCUACUUGUACUUUGAAGAGAAGGACUUUGUGGAUAAAGCAGAGAAGAGUUUAAAACAAGCUCCUGGAAGUGAAAUAAUCUUCUACAAAAAUGGUGCCAGCCAAGGAGUUGCAUACAAAGAUAUUUUUGAAGGUGUUUAUUUCCCUGCUGUUUCUCUGUAUAAAGGCUGCACGGUUUCUAUAAACUUUGGUCCCUAUUUCAAAUACCCGCCAAGAGAUAUUACGUACCGUCCGAUCAGUGACAUGGGCUGGGUUGCAGUGGUAGAGCACACUCUGGCAGAUGUCCUUUACCAUGUAGAAACAGAAGUUGAUGGGAGGCGCAGCCCACCUUGGGAACCUUGAAGGACAUUGUCUAUAUAUGUGUAUAUAUAUUAUUUUUAAUACUAUGUAAUGGUGUCACUGGAUGUAAAGCAGAAAAGGAAUAAACCUCCUUCUUUUUUUAAAUUAA